CAAGCUUUGACAAUAACCUCCCACUGAAGCUUCAGGUUUCAACCCACUCUACCCAGCACGUCGCUACCCUCCGCCCGCCUCCAUCCUUGUCCAUCUCGCCGCUCGGCCCUCCUUCGCCCUGCUGUCCGGCCUCCUUCCAUAUACUUCUUUCCAUCCCGCCCGCACGCGUUUGAAACGUCCCAAAGUCUCAUCACUCUGCGGCUUUCGCGAGUCCAGCCAGCCAAUGGCGGCCAGCCUCACGAUGACGUCAGCCAUCGCCCCCACAGCAUCAUCGACAGCAGCAGCACCAGCAGCAGCGGCGGAAAUCAGAAACGGAGCUACCUGCAGCGCGUCCCUGUCAGUCCGCGCGCCACACUCAGUGCUGCUGGCAGGGGGGUUCCGCCGGUCCCUUGCGCCAGGGUCGCGGAAACUUUCCGCCGCUUCCGCCAACGGCGCUUCGCGUCGAGCAGCGGGGAUGCGAGUAGCGCGUACUGUCCGCGCAAGCAGCGGAGACGUGCCUAACGGCACCGCAGACAUCUCGCAGGACUUCACGCCAUCAGCGCAGUUCUACAAGGUGGAGGCGGUCAUUCGGCCGUGGCGACUGUCGCACGUGUGCGAGGCGCUUUUCACAGCGGGCAUUCGCGGAGUGACUGUGUCGGAUGUGAGGGGCUUUGGCACUCAGGGCACGAGCAGAGAGAGGCACGCAGGGUCUGAGUUUGCAGACGACGCGCUGGUGCUCAAGUCCAAGCUGGAGGUGGUGGUGGUGUACGACCAGGUGGAGACGGUGAUCGCCACCGUGAUCGAGGAGGCCCGCACCGGGGAGAUUGGCGACGGCAAGAUCUUCGUGUCUCCGGUGGCUGAGGUCAUUCGAGUCCGUACAGGCGAGAGGGGCAUAGAGGCAGAACGGAUGGCGGGGGGGCGCAUGGACCUGCUUGAGGCAGCUGGCAAGCGCGCCUCUUUCGUUGCUUUCGACGGUUACGAGACCUCAUGAGACCUUCUGACCGACCUGAUGCCAGUCAGCCCAUUGGGUUCUAGAGAAUAUAUUUCUACGUGCUCGGCAUCAGCCAUUAUAUGCAAUGUGCAUGUGGUCCAUGUAGGCUUCAGUAUUUCCAUGUUUAUGUGCCAAAUAACAGCAAUCCAAGAGCAAGUUUGACUUUUCUAGACGCGCCUGGUUAUGUGUUGCAUUUGUCAACUUAUACAUAUUAGCUAUGUAGAAGUUAUAGGCUAGACUGAGGUAUGCUUCUAGUGAGUACAACCAACUAGCAUUUGUUCUAGGUUUCCACUUCUAGUCAA